GUCGUCAGCAUCUUUGAUGCAAUGACAAGUAGUUCUGUUGAGUUGGCUGUUGCUGCCUUCGCAUUGAUGAAAGGCCUCGUCCGCGUGGUCCAGGCUGCGAUGCUCGGCGCCAUCCUCAAUAAUCUUUUACUCAUGAUGGGACUUUCGCUCGCCGUCGGAGGUUAUUACCACAACAAGCAAGAGAUCCAAGCCGAUACCUCUCAAACCGGCAUGAAUCUCCUCAUGAUCGUCUGUAUCUCCUAUGUCAUUCCCGUCGCUCUCGACUACACCUUCACCGAUAUCCGCACCGCAGCCUUGCCAGCCCAUCUAAACACAACCCAACUUCUCGUAGAGCACGCAGAGAUCCGUGAGAUAGUUGACCAUGAUCUCCUAGCGAUCAGCAAACUUAUGGCCGUGAUCAUGCUCCUUCUCUACGGCUGCUGUCUUCUCUUCCAGUACAGCUCCCGAUCCUUUAUGGUGACGCCUGAAGCGAAGCACACGGAGGCCCAUACAGUCCACCGUCGCAAUGUCCAUUACUGGUUCGCAGGAUUCGGAUACACGGUCAUGCUAGGAGCACAGAUUUACUCGGCGAACCUCCUUGUCCAUGCGGUCGAGGCACUAGGAAAACAGUUUGAGCUGAACGAUUCCUUUGUCGGCUUUGUUUUGCUCCCAAUAGUAUUGAUCUCGGAUCUGCAGGAGGAAGUUAUUGCCAUCAAAGAAAGUAGGGCAAAUCGUCUGGACCGGUCCAUUGCACUGAUGAUCGGCAGUUGUAUGCAGAUCGCGCUCCUGGUGACGCCGUUAUUGGUCCUGUUGGGAUGGGCCAUUGACGAGCCCAUGAAUUUCCGAUUCAGUGUGUUGGAGGCUGUGAUCUUGGCGGGUUCGGUCUUGAUCGUGAACUAUUUGAUCCAGGACAACGAGACCAAUUGGCUGGAAGGAUGUCUUUUGUUAGGGGUGUUCCUUAUGUGUGCUUUAGCAUUUUACUUUGAUAUCCAGCCCUUCGAGCCCGCUGGAGGAGGACACGGUUCUACGAGCGGAGGCGGUGCCAGUGGAGGUGCUGGUGGGGGAGGAGGAGAUCACCAUUAG